CGCCGUAAAGCAAGAAGAAGAAGAAGAAACACCACCAGCCGGUUCAGGGUCAGUUGUGCAUGUCAGAUCCAGAAUGGAGGUGAUGGUUGACGUGUAGAAAAUGAACGAAAAACGUGUUCGAGGGACUAGUUUAGAGACAGUGUAUGUACACUCUUGAACACUUGAUUCUUUCCCAAGUAUCACGACAUCAAGAGACUCUGUUGAGGAAUAGUUUACUUUUUUUUUAAUCACAGUAAAUCUGUAAACAUGUCCUUAAAACUGACCACUCAAGCGUACUGUAAGAUGCUGCUACACGCUGCUAAAUACCCUCAUCGCGCCGUUAACGGGCUACUGGUGGCUGAAAAACACAAAAAGAAGGACAGCCCAAGAAACUCCGUGUUGUGCGUGGAUUGUGUACCUCUGUUCCAUGGGGCUCUGGCGUUAGCCCCCAUGCUGGAGGUGGCACUCACGUUGAUUGAUACAUGGUGCAAAGCGAACAAGUAUGUCAUUGCUGGCUAUUAUCAAGCAAAUGAGCGUAUAAAGGAAGCCAGACCAAACCAGGUAGCUGAGAAGGUUGCUGCCAGAAUCUCAGAAAACUUCAGUGAGGCUGCAAUGAUCAUGUUGGACAACAGCAGAUUGACAAUGGAGUGUUUUGUGCCUGUUCUCUUCAUCUAUGAUCAUCAUGAUAACAAGUGGAAGUGCAGAGAGCCAAGCACUGACUGCUUUGAGGACUGGAUAGAGGCACAGAAGAUCACGGCAGCUCUUCUAGAAAGCAAAUCAUACGAGAGUCUCGUGGACUUUGACAACCAUCUGGAUGACUUACGAAAUGACUGGACCAACCCUGAGAUCAACAAAUCUGUCUUGCAUCUAUGCUGAAGCCAGCCAGAGAUCCUGUCCACCUAGCCAAACCAUCAGUGCUUAAAUGGAAUGCAUUUCUGACCUGUAUUUAGUACUGUUAGUGACAUGCUCUCUCACUGAGCAGAAAGAUUUGCGAAAGAGUAAAUGGAACAUUGUAAGUGCUGCAUCCUCAUGUUUGAAAACACUGAGGUCACUCCAGGAAUCCAAUGUCAAAUAGGUUUUAUACCUGUUUCUAUGCGAUGGUUUGUAUAAGACUCAUGUACAAUUUUGGAUGCAGUCAGACUAGUCUUAUUUAACUCAACUAAUUGCUAAAUAUGGUCAUUUUUAGUUUAAAUUACAGAUAUGGUUAUUUACUUAAAUUGCUCAAAAGAAAAUAUUUAAUUUCAGUGUAGAAAUUAAUAUAUUGAUUUAUAAGAUAAAUUGCUUUUAUGUUUGCAGCAGACCAGUAAUAAUCUGUUAAUGGUGGAAAAAUAUAUAUAUAUUGGCUCAGAUUUUUCAGUAAAUAAAGGACUCGACCUUAGGUAUGAGGUCUUUAUGAUUGUAAAGUUUUAUAAAAAAAAAAUAAUAAACUUGAUUGUUUUUCCAAAUAAUUUUAAACAAAUUUCUUAGAGAGUUCAGCUGGCUCUAGUGCAGUAGCAUAAUAUAAUUUAAACACACUAUCAAAUAGGGAAACAAUAUGUGAAAGCAGUAUACGGUGGCCCCCAAAGUAUCUGGGCAGAUAUAUAAUGCUUAAAAAUGCUUUAAUAUCAUUGUAUUGUGUUUUUGAAGAAAGAUAGCACACAAUCUUUUUUUUUUUUAGCAAAACGUUUUAUGAUUGAAAAUAAAGGCAAAACAUAUUACACUUUGAGUUUGAGGAAGAUUAACUGUCUGACAGUUAAAGUUAUGAUGAACUACCUGCAUGAAGCAGAACUACCAGCAUAAGCAGAGCUGAGUAUUAACUGCUUAUGUGUCAUCUGGAUUACAUCAGAUUCCAUAAAUUAAGUACUUGUAAUUACAUUAUAUUACAUAACACUCAUAAUCAGAUAGCUGUGAAAUACUGUGUGUUUAUCAUAUCCAGUGACCUUCACUUAUUGUUGAUUUUAGAAAUCUGAGCAAAAAAAAAUGGUUACACUAUUUUAAGGUGCCCUUGUUACAGUGUAACUAUGCAUUUAAGUACUGAGUAAUAUUAAAUAAUUACAUGUACUUACUGUAUGGUUAGGAUUAGGUUUUGGCUUAGGGUUACCUGCAUGUACUUGUACAUAAUUUGUUAUUAUAAUAGUAAGUGCAUAUAAUGUGUAACAAGGACACCUUUAAAAUAAAGUGUUGCCAAAACUAAAUAAAUCUGGAACCCCUUUGACUUAAAAUGGUUACUUUAAGUACCAAUGAAAUUUUAGGUUAAUAACAUUAACAAUAACAUAAUUUAAUAACAUGUUUGCAUGUUCACGAUUCUAUGAUGGUUAUAUGUCUUUAAGGUAAAUAAAAUAUUUCAGAUUUUUUUUG